GGAGUCUGUGCUGGGGACCCUGGGUGGGUGGCUGAGGCACUUGGUAGGGUGACCAGUGGCUUGGUGUCGGAGGCCCCCGAUGAUAAACUCUUCUUCGUGGAUACCGGUCCCAAGGACAGAGAGCGCGGCAGGAAGAGCACCAAAGGCCAGAAGAGGCCACUGCUCCUCAAGAAACCCCUGCGGGUCGACCUGGUGUUAGAGAACACAUCCAAGAUCCCUGCCCCCAAAGACGUCCUCGCCCACCAGGUCCCCAACGCCAAGAAGCUCAAGCGGAAGGAGCAGCUAUGGGAGAGGCUGGCCCAGCAGGGCGAGCUGCCCUGAGAGGUACGCAGGGCGCAGGCCCCUCUCCACAGCCCUCCUGCGGCAAAAGCCAGGCCCGGGCCCCAGAGCACUGCGGAGCAGCCCUUCUACGACCUCUGGACCACAGACAACCCUCUGGAGCGGCCGCUGGCUGGCCAGGACCCCUUCUUCCUGGAGCAGACCAAGAAGAAAGGUGUGAAGCGGCCGCCGCGUCUCCACACCAAGCCGUCCCAGGUGCCUGCUGUGGAGGUGACACCCUCUGGAGCCUCCUACAACCCAUCCUUUGAGGACCACCAGAGGCUGCUCUGGGAAGCCCACGAGGUGGAGCUGCAGCGGCAGAGGGAGGCGGAGAAGCUGGAGCGGCAGCUGGCCCUGCCCCCCGCCGAGCAGGCCGCCACCCAGGAAUCUGUGUUUGAAGAGAUGUGCCAGGGGCUGCUGGAGGAGUCGGAUGGGGAGGGGGAGCCAGGCGAGGGCCAGGACCAGGGGCCCGAGGGGGCUGGAGACCAGGCCAGAGAUGACGAGCUUGGAGGAGCCGAGGCCACCACACCUGCCCGCCUGGCCGCUGUGGAGAAGAAGACGGAGCAGCAGCGUCGGUGGGAAAAGGCCGCCCGGAUGCUGCGGGUACAGCAGGCCGCGGUGCGGGCCGCCCGGCUGCGGCACCAGGAGCUGUUCAGGCGGCUCAAGUACCAGGCCCCCGACAUCGACGUGCAGCUCAGCUCGGAGCUGGCCGACUCGCUCCGGACCCUGAAGCCCGAGGGCAACAUCCUCCGUGACCGGUUCAAGAGCUUCCAGAAGAGAAACAUGAUCGAGCCCCGGGAGAGAGCCAAGUUCAAGCGCAAGUACAAAGUGAAGCUUGUGGAGAAGCGGGCGUUCCGGGAGAUCCAGUGA